AAAAGUUGCAAGUGCAAAGAGGCGCAUAAAGCUUCGGCGUCCCUUCCCAUCCUGUUAUGUAAGGGCUUUCCUCGCCGCCUGCCUGCUGUACGCGGGAAGUAUAAAAAGAAUAAGAGAACAGAGGGGACGUCGUAGUAUAUUUACCGCAGAAACUCAAAGAUCGCGCAGUUUUUUUUUUCAGCAGCAUACCCGAGAAAGCUUUUAGGUGGGUGACACCAGGGAAUAAACGGUGACCAUGGUUUCGUCAACAAUCGCCCUCCAUGGGGUUGUGGUGGCUACGUUUGCCGUUAUCGCCUGCAGCGCAGAAGAGCAGAUACCAGUGCUUGGCGGCUGGCAGAAGCACAACGUGAGCGACGAUGCCAUCUACGAGGAGCUGGCACACUUUGCCGUCUCCAAGCAGGUGGCAAACCGGGAGUUUUUCGACACCGUGCUCGAGAUUGUCGAUGUAGAGAGCCAAACGGUAGCUGGCACGAACUACCGUAUCAAGUUCAAGAUUACGGAAUCGACUUGCCCCAUCACGGCUGCUUACAACAAGGCGACGUGUCUACCCAAGUCCCGAGAGACUAUCAAGGACGUCUGUACUGCCGCAAUCACUGAUGUUCCCUGGACGAAGGUGCGCGAGCUUACGUCAUUCACCUGCGAAGGAUCAACGGUUUCCCACUAAGUCUCAAUCGUCUUUCUGGUUCCUGUGACUGUACUUUGUGUCAUAAGAAUUUGCACUGCAACGUGCGACUUCAAUAAAGAUGUUUUAGUAA